AUGUGUGGCUUUGAUGGUCUAGAGCCUCCGGAUGCUUUUCUUGAUCUUAUCCGACACGAACAUCUAGGCAAUAUCAUUUUGUUUUCUCGUAAUAUCGCAAACCCCGUCCAAGUUCGUCAACUGACUCAAAGACUUCAACAAACUGCUUAUGAAGCAGGCCAUAAGCGACCCUUAUUGAUUGCUGUCGACCAAGAGAACGGGGUUGUAAGCCGUUUAGGUUCAUCAGCUGGUACUUAUCUUCCAGGAGGUAUGGCCUUGGGUUCAUUAGGUUCAACAAGUUCAGCUUACCAAGUGGCUUCAGCGACAGCAAGGGAAUUACGGGCAUUAGGUCUAAAUUGGAAUUUAGCACCUGUUCUGGAUGUCAAUAACAACCCUUUGAACCCUGUGAUUGGGGUGAGAUCCUAUUCGGAGGACCCACAUUGGGUGAGCCUAUUAGGAUUGGCCCAAGUCGAGGGAUACCAACGUCAUGGGGUCGUGGCGACCGUCAAGCAUUUCCCAGGCCAUGGAGACACAGCCACUGAUUCUCAUUUAGGUGUUCCUAUUAUCGAUAAGACAAUAGAAGAGCUAGAUACGGUAGAGCUAAUACCAUUUCGUAAAGCCAUUGAGGCUAAGGGCCAUGCUCAUCCUUCUUCAGUCAUGGUAGCUCAUAUCCUUGUCCCUAGUUUAAGUGAUCAACCUGCAUCUAUUUCAAGUUCGGUAGUGACUCGAUUGCUGCGUGAAAGGAUGGGAUUUGAGGGUGUGGUGGUAACGGAUUGUUUAGAAAUGGAUGCUAUUAAAGACACUGUAGGAGUUGAACGUGGCGCGCUAAUGGCGUUACAGGCAGGUAAUGACAUUGCCAUCAUCUCUCAUACAUUAGAGUUUCAACAGAAGGCCCUUGAAACUAUAAAACAGGCUCUAUCAGAUAAUUUAUUGAAUAAGGAUGCAAUACGUGCUUCAUUAAAGCGAAUAGCUAACUUGAAGGAUCAAUAUUUGAGUUGGGAACAAGUGCUACUAGAGAAAGACCCAAGACUGGACAUCAUUGGAUGUCAAAAUCAUGUUGAUCUAAGUAAACGUCUUUAUAAACAGGUACCUUCUAUUGUCCGCAAUAAAGCACAAGUUAUACCCGUCCAGUUAGCUCCAACAGAUAAAAUUUUGUUUUUAGCGGCUAAUGUGCCUUUAACGUUGGCAAUCGAUUCUGAACCUGAGCCGUUCAAUUCUAUGUAUGAGUCAAUCAGACGACGCCACCUCAAUACGAAUUAUAUCAUCUUUAAUGAAGACGAUGAAGAAAAUGACGAUGCGAUAAAGAAGAAAGCAAUGGAUGAAGCGAGCUUAGUGAUUGUUGGUACAGCGAAUGCAAAUUUACAUUCAUUCCAGUCGAACAUGGUUAAGUUAGCUGCGAUGCAUGCCAAACAACUCGUGGUGAUAGCUGUUAUCAAUCCUUAUGAUUUAUUAGCAUUUGAAACUGAAGUGGAUACAUAUGUUGUGACAUAUGAGUAUACACCACCUGCUCAUGAAGCUGCUAUUCAGCUCAUCUUUGGAGAAACACAGCCCAUUCAUAAACCACUACCUGUUACUAUUACUCUUCAAGAUGUAGUGGUAACGACAACAAAGAUAACCGAAUUCCGCUUUGGGAAAGAGGAAUUAAGGGCAGCGUAUGAACUUUGGAAUGUUGUAUUUACUGAAUGGCCACUUGAUUUUGAAAAGUUUUGUUUGGUAUUAUGUGGAUUUCAUGAACGAUACCAUGUAGCGAUUUAUGAUGAUGAUGGUGAUGGUGAUGGGCGAAAAAUGAUUGGAUUUGCAGCUACGCAACAAAUUUCAGGUGUUGGUCAAUUGGCCCUUUUGAUGGUUCGACCCAAUUAUCGCCGUAAAGGGCUUGGUACUCAAUUGAAUGACUCUUGUUUAGAUGUCUUUCGUCAAGCAGGCUGUCACAAUGUUAUGCUAGGCGCCACUUAUCCACGUUUCUUCUGUGGUAUUCCCGAUCCACAAUUCAAUGAUUUCUUUAAACAUCGCGGAUAUACGCUAAGUCCCAACUUAGUAUGGGACUUGAUGAGUAAAGAGAUUGAACACUAUCAAAUUUCACCGGAAAUUAAAGAACGUCUACAGAACGUCACCUUUGAGACACUCAAAGGAAAAGAUCAAUUCGAAGAACUUUUAAAUUUUCAAAAACGUUAUUUUAGCUUUUGGGUCUCUACUUAUGAACAUCACGCUAGGUUAGGAGACUAUCAGGACUUUUUAGUAGCACGAGAUCUAGAGGGCCGUAUUAUUGGUAGUCUUAUCUUGUACACCACUGGCCAAUCGCAUCCUAGCCGCACAGAUCUUAUUUGGACAGACCUAUUUGGCUAUGAGAGUGGCGGGCUCGCCUGUGUAGGUGUUUCGAAAGAAUUGAGAGGUAAAGGGAUUGGUAUAGGUCUUGUUGCUCACGCAAACCAAGAAUUAAAGCAACGCGGAGUCAAAAAAGCGAUUGUAGACUGGGUUGAUUUGGUUGAUUUUUAUAAUCGUACAGGUUACCAGAAAUGGAGAAGCUACAGACUUGCAGAAAUAAAAUAA